AUGCCCCAAUUUAUUAAUUCCUUUAAUGAAAAACCGCCCCUCACCCCUUCAAUGUAUUUGUGGCCGCAGGAAUUAAAUUAUGAUUGCGGGAAAACAGACUUGGCACAGAUUUUUGGAUUUUUUGAAAAUAAUGAAAUUAAAUAUAAUCAGCAACAACAAAACUUACAAAAUAUUCAAAAAAGGAAGCAGAGUUCAUUAAAUGGAAAAUUAUCUCUAAGAAGUACAGAAAAUAAUUUAAUUAAUUUAACUAAACAACAAAAAAACAACCAAUCCCCAAAUACAAAUUACAAUAAACAAUUAAAAAGAAUAGUAGCAGUAGAUGAAAGAGCAGGAGUAGGGGGUGGAGGUGGUGGGGGCUGUAGAAGAUAUAAAACACCAAGUCCUCAAUUAUUACGAUUAAGAAGGGAAGUAAGUUUAUGAAGUUUAAUAGUGGAUAUCCAUAAAUAAAGUAUUCUCAAAAUCCUUUGAUAAAGGAGGAUAACAAAUCUGAAUCGAGGGGAAAGAGAGGGGGGG